AUGAACAAAAAGCUGUACGAAGCAGCCAAAUCAGGGAACAUACAAGUUCUUAAUGAGUUUGGGCGGUUGCAAGGCGUUGCGAAUAAGGUAACGCCAGGGGGAAACACUGUGCUACAUAUUGCCGCCUAUCAUGGCUCUCUUCAUUUCGUAAAAGAGUUGGUUCGACAGGCAAAUGCCAAUCCAGGUGAUGGGAUGAUAUUUUUAAAAGCUAAAAAUACGGAGGGAAAUACAGUGUUGCACGAAGCGGCAUUAGGAAGAAAGGAGGAAGUUGUGAAUGCUUUAAUGCAUUCAUGCUCAUAUUUGCUAAAUGAGAUCAAUGCAGCAGGUGAAACAGCUUUGUUUAAAGCUUGUGAGGGAGGCCAUGUCAAGAUCAUCGACAUGUUGUGUCUUCUGACAUCUAGGGAGUGCAACCGCAGAUUCGAUGGCCAAACGCCUUUACAUCUUGCAGUCUCUCAAUUGAAUAUAGAUGUAAUUGAAGUGAUUUUAGAUAAGAGACCUGAACUAGCCAGAGAAGUAGACAUUAUCAACCGAACUCCGUUGCAUAUGGCUGUGUUAUUUCAAUUUCCAGUUGGGAUAAUUCGAGUGCAUUCAAGUAAACGCAAGAACAUUAGCCUAGUUGGAAAGCUACUUAUAGAAAAUGAUAAUGAUGAGCUUUGUUACAAAGUGGACCAGAACAAGGAGUCUGCACUCCACGUUGCAGUGAAAGAGGGGAAUGCAGCAUUAGUGAAAGAGAUACUACAUCACAGCCGCGACUGUCUAGAAAUGGUAGACAAGGAUGGUAGAAAUGCCUUACAUCCGGCCGUUAGCAAUGCUAUUGAGAUAUUUCAUAGAGUUGGAGGAAAUUCUCUAAAAGCUAUAAUAUUCUCGGUAACUUCAGAAAGACUGAUAAAUUGCAUUGAUAAGAAUGGGCAAACAGCAUUGUAUAUUGCACUAGAGAAGGGGAAUGAAGACCCACAUCUUUAUAGGAGCAUCAUAACAUAUUUACAUAGAUGUGGUGGUGUAAAGAAGAUAUUUGAUACGGGCUCAACAACCAUCCUAACAACUAAGGCCAUAAGUUGGAACCCAGAUGUCAUAUCUGUGAGUGCAGUCCUAAUUGCCACUGUUGCUUUUGCAGCUGCUUUCACUAUACCAGGAGGUACUGACACCCAAGGGCAGGGCCCACCAGCCCCUAUAUUGGUCCGUACUUAUCUCUUCAAGCUAUUUGUGAUCUUUGACACACUGGCCCUUUGUUAG